AUGACAUCGCUUCAGACUGUUAUCCAUCAGAACCAGCAAACCAUUGCUUUCAUCGAAGCUAAAGACUAUUACAGUGCGAUUGUAUCAUCUUCGUCUGCGUUAGAGUGCCUUGGUAGCAUCCCACUGAUACUACAACGACAAGAAAACUCCUCCUGCUCCUCACCAUCUGAAGAAGAAACUGCAUUGGAUCAGUGCAUGCUUCAUACUACCAUUCAGGAAAAUGACGACAUAUGUGGAACCCAAACAUUUAUGUACAGCCAUGCCAUUCCAUUGCCUCACAACGUGACUGAUUAUGCCAUCAUUACACUAGUUCUCAUUUUCAACGCAGCACUUGCUCAUCACUUGGUGGCAAUGCAAGACAAGGAAAAUUCACCCAGAUUUCUUUUUCGAGCAAAGCAAUUGUACACCUUGGCUUACCAUUCACAAGAUGUCGAGCAUAAUCCGUUGUUUCUCUUUGUGGUAUACAACAAUGCUGCAUUGAUCGAUUUACAGCAGAUUGGGGACAAGGACUCGUGGAACGCCUGCGUUGGGCACUUGGUUUCCAUCUACAUGGUUAUGAUGGACGAAGGUUACACUUCGCAAGUGCGCCACCUCCACGGUUUUCUCGAGAGCCUCUUGGCUACCAGCAUGCCAGCACGACCCCCAGCAGCAGCUUGA